ACCUCCACUAAGAUGCUAGCCAAAGACCCUUGGCUAUGGACUGUGGACAAUCUUGUCGCAGAGCUAUGCCACUCAGAAGCUUUGUUUCAGGCAGCAGGCUACGGAUUAGGGAACUCCCCUAACCCGGCAAUGCUCGAACACCGCAUACGAAACCAACAGAUCACGGGAGUAACCUUUCUCACGGCAUCAAGUACCCAUGCUCUAGGACUUGAGUUGGACAUAUAUCAGCAAGCGGCCUUAUCGGCAGUCAUUCGCCUACUUCGCCAUCGAUCCUUCAUAUACAAGCAGUGCGCAGCUACCAAGGGUGUAGAAUCGUUAGAUCUCAACAGUGCAUCCUCCUCGCGCGUGCCUAAUACCUUUAGUGAUCCGGAAUCUAUCGAUGAGACUGGCCGAAAGCGAAGGAAAGUCGCGCACAUUAUUACAGAGCCGCUGUCUAAUACUUCUCAACCGGCGUUGGAAGCAGCUACAGGGUGGACCGCGGGCAAUGCCUCUGAUCAAGCUAUCUCUGGUGGCGGCGAGUGGGAUCAUCUAUUGCGACGACACCAGCCGGGCGGCGAGGAGGAGAUUGACCUGGCAGAACUAGAUGACUCUGAAGAUGAAGAACGAAGUGGAUAUGCAGAUGGCGCAGAAGAGGAACAGGAUGUGCCAGAUGAGGAUGUGGAGCCUGAGCAGGGAGCGCAAGGCCGAAGUAAACUGAGUUCUGAACAAGUCAUUGAGAUCAUCAAUGAGCGCAUCGAUUACUACACUAAUUCUUGGAAACCUGAUAAAGGAGCGGUCAAAGGGGAGGAAAUUCUAUACGAUCCAAACGCUAUGUGGGAGAAAGCAGAAGCUACAGGGCAAAGACAACAACUUGUGGACAGACACGAGACGGACCUGGCAUACUAUACCCAACGUCUCGACAGACUAUGCGACGAGAUUUUAAAGUUUCCCGGAAGCAACGCGGACCAGGUGCGCCACCAGUGCCGCAAUCUUGAGGUCACGAUCGAUUUGAUGCAGCUGGCCGAAUGGUCGUUGUCUAUCUACAGAUUGGAGCCCGUCUAUGAUAGCGACGACGAAACUGACGGCCCAGAUACCAGCAAUGAGCCGCAACUUCACGCUGGCAUGCAUCAGUCAAGGCCAUCGGUCGAAAUCGUUGAUCUUGGGUCACCUGAAACCUCGGUAGCGGAAGAUGUGAUUAUUCUCGACCAUUCUACUGAACUCGCACGAAACAUGGACGCCCACCAUGAUCAUACCCCCACUUUAUCUCAUUUGCAGGACGUUAGCAUUGCUGAAACAGUCGAAUCACCCAUAUAUGCCAAUCCAGAGCCUCCUGCUCAGGCCCGCGCUCUUCCCUUGGGCUUACACGGAGAUGAGCCGGAACACGCAUCGAUUGCGACAAUACGUGGCUGGAGAUGGGCCGGCUUGGUCGAUACGCAAGAUCGCAAACGUAUCGUUUCGAAAGCUGUGCUUGAAAUGAGGACCGAAGACCGCGAACUGAUACGCACCAGACUAAAAUUUGUAGGCAAAACGGACAUGAUCAAAGAGAUUAGGGCCUGCCUAGGGAUGAUGUUCAAGGGACUGAAUAAAAUGCAAGGCGUGCUUUCAAAGGAUCUACCCAAAAUCGUUACCUUGACAAGACUUUUUCUGUCCUGGUGGCUUUGCGACGACUACUCCAGAGAAAAGCCGUCCAUUUGGCACCUUGAAGAGCUCCAAAAAUGUCUGGACGAAGGUGCUCCCGAUUUGAGGAUAUUUUGCGACUACCUUGACACAAUCAUGGCAACGACUUUUAGUGAAGAAGCUUUGAGACAUCCAGAGCGACCUUCACAAGCCGAAGUCAUUGAAAUCUCGGAUGACGACGACGAGCCGCCAGCUCGACCAACUACUCAACGCAAGAACAGGCCGAAUAAACUUGUGGGUAUGGAGCAGGGUUCUGUCAUUGUACUUGAUUGA